CCCAUCCAUUACAAGACCUAGAGUUUGAACACUUCUUUUGCCUUGGCUUCACUGUAACAAUUUUUCGAGGACAGCGAAGGGCAAAAGAGAGCUAAAUUGGGAACCCUUUACACACUAGCACUUGUCGAUAGAGCACGCUUCUAAUAGAAAAUCAGAUAAUCCACCAGAUCACGAGGAGUCAAAUCAAGAAGGGAAUUCUUAUCAAACAGUUCAUGAGCGAUUUUUGUAGCUUGAAAUUCAUGCUCUGACAGAGGCAUGGACGACCUGAAGGCUGGUGCUUUGUCGAGCUGUAGGUUCUGCAUAGUUCGUGUCGCAAGGGUCCGGCGGAUCAGCAGUGGUAUUAUAAUAAAGUUAUUAGUAUACCCGUUCGUUGAUCAUAGAUGCAAUCGCCAUUCUUCGAAAUAUACUUCAAAAUCAAAUUGAUUUACACAUAAUCCUAUGUUUAGCCAUAGUUAGUGUCACCCCCACUUCCUCUCCCCAGGACAAACAGAAAUCUCAGCUCCGAAAAUUAUGCCAUGCCGCCAAGUCCAGCAAUCCCUCGGUCCACUUGCGAUCCCUACCUGUCAUGUACAUCAUCACCAUCCAAAGCCGCCCCCCGUCUACCUCCGUCCAACCAAUCUGUGUACUCUAAUCACUCCUCCAAGUCGUCCUAUUGGCAAGCUUGGAGUAACAUCGGCAAACUAGGCACCUUCAUCCUCCCGGGAAGGAGGAGCACAGAUUGGUCAUCCAGGCACUCCAACUUAACCGAGGAGAGUCUCGAUGCGCAUAAUAGAAGACAAGAAGCCAUUAAUAUCCUCCAUGACAAGAACGCAAAAUGCAGUCCCUAUUACAAGGGCCUCGUCGAUUAUUCCCUCAUCAUCAGCCGCGAGAGAUAUCCUUUGCCAAUACCCCCAACCAGUCCCUGCCGUGAAAGCCACGCCACAGCCGUUACUUCCUCUUCUCUUUCAACUUUCAUCUUUAAGAUGCAAGAGUGGAGUUCUUGCUUUUCGGUUUCCUCUAAAUCUAACAACGUCAAGGGCAAGGAGGACAAUGCCCCGUCUGCAGUAAUUGCUACCAGCACCGACAAAAUUAAACCUACGAAGCCAACACCUGCAGCUCCCAGUUAUUCUGCCUCCUCCUCCUCUUCUCAACCAUCAGGCAGGACUACCUUAGAGAAGGAGACGCGUGACGUUAAUGCCUCACGAGUUGUUACUGAAGAGAAGCCAUUGAGGGAGAGAGUAUCAGAAUCAAAACCACCUGCUGCAGCACCAUCUCUAACAAAUGAUGAUAAUCGUGAAAUACUGGACUGUCCAAGUACUCAUGAAGUGAUGAAUAUUGACAGGAAGUUUACGUUGGCAAACAAGUACCAGCCCAAAGCCUUGAAAGAUUUCAUCUGCAAUCGAGAUCAAGCCAUUAGGAUGCAGGGUGUCAUGAGCGACGUUGAUUGCAACCAUUUCAUAUUUGAAGGACCUGCAGGCGUUGGAAAGAGAACCAUGAUAAGGGCCAUGCUUCAGGAAGCCUUUGGACAGGAGAGAUUGCAGGAGAGGGAAGAAUGCAAGUCAUUCAACUUGAAGGGGGAACAGAUUGGUAGUAUACAGGUAAGAGUGAAGGUCUCCUCCCAACACGUAGAACUCAAUCUCUCUGAUCUCAAAGGCUAUGAAAAGCAAGUCAUUGUUGAGCUCAUCAAGGAAACACGUAAUAAUCAUAAUAAGAGGAUUAUUUCCAACAACCCUAUUAAUCCCAAGUCAAGACUUGAUGACUGCCGAGCAAUUAUUUUGUACGAGGCAGACAUGCUAUCUACAGAUGCCCUCCUCUAUAUUAAGUGGGUGCUGGAGAGGUAUAAAGGAUUCAGUAUAUUUUUCUUCUGCUGCAACGAUGUCUCAAGGCUUCAACCAAUUAGAUCACUUUGCACUGUUGUCCAGCUUUUGCCACCUUCAAAAAGAGAGGUUGUUCAAGUUUUGGAAUUCAUAGCUGAACAAGAAGGCAUAGAAUUGCCACAUCCAUUGGCUGAAAAGAUUGCUGACAAAUCUAAGAACAACCUUCGUCAAGCCAUCCGAUCAUUUGAAGCCUCCCGGCACGGAAGUUAUCCCUUCACGGAAGAUCAAGAAAUCCUGACUGGAUGGGAAGAUGAUAUUGCAAAUAUCGCCAAGGAUAUGGUUGAAGAGCAAAGCCCAAAACAGCUGUAUAUCAUACGUGGGAAGCUUCAAAAUCUGAUAGAGCAUGAUGUAUCUCCUGAUUUCUUUUUCGAGUCCCUUCUUGGAGAACUGAAGAAGCAUAUGGAUGAGUCAUUUCAGCUCCAACUCGACGGUCUACAUAAGGACUACAAUAGAAAUGAUGGAAACAUGUUGGAGAUCAGUGAGAACGAACUGAUAUUUCUGCGCAGUCGACAUGAAGAGGCUGGUAAAAGGAUUCAUGACCCGGCAAGGAAAAAUGCUGAUCACCUUUUUGUGAGGAUUGAAGAGUUCAUUGCAAAAUUUAUGAGCUUCUACAAGAUAUCGGUCACCAAUAACAAAAGCAUUCAGCAUGAUGGUGGACCAUGAAGGAGCUUCAUUAAUCUCUCUCUCUCUCUCUCACACACACACACACAGUGAGAUAUGAUCCUUUCUUGCAGAAAAUCAAAUGUGGCAGUACUGUUUGUACAGAUUGCGUUUUCUGUAUAUCACGCAGACGUAUUGGACGAUUUUCUUAAACAAGUACAUGCAUAAUUAUGUAAUAAGAAUGAUGUCAU